CCUUCCUUCAGCAAACCCUAGCCUCCCCCAAAGAAAGCAAACCCUAGCCUCCACCCAUAGUUGUCGCCGUCUGUCGGACUGAGAGACUGCUGCUGCCGUCCAUCGCACUCAAGAACUUCUUCUUCGUGCUCUCGGGCCUCUCGCCGGAUCCUCCACGCCGGGUGCUCGCAUCUCACCGUUCUUCUCUGUGCUCGGCUGCUCGCGCCUCCCUCCGCCAGUGAGUGCUCGAGCUGUGCGUGUUGGUUGCUGCUCGUCGUCCGUGGUUGUCUCUGCUCGAUUCUGUCUCCCAGUCUCACUCGAGUCUCGUCUCAGUCACUGGCAUCUCGUGGUUCGUCUGUCUCGUCGCCGGCGGCAGAAGCAACUCGUGGGGUUGUCUCUUGCUUCGUCGCCUUCCGUGGGGUGGUCGCCGACUCGCCGUCGACCGUUGAGACAUUUAUAGUUUUAUACAGACAAGUGGUUCUGAUUUUGGAAUCAACUAUGGACAAAUAGCCAACAAUCUUCCCUCUCCAUCACGCAUUGCUGUUCUAAAACGGUUUUUCCGGUUGAACCAUCGAUUGGACUGGUUAGACCAAUAAAUCAGGAAAUCAGUAAUUAAAGCGGUUUGAUAACCGGUCCGAUUUUCAGAACCUUGCAAAAACCACUAUUGGACCAUUGAAACCGAACCAAAAUCCGAUCGAUUUCGAUUGAGAGCCGAAAACGACCCCCGUUUUAUUCAUAAAAUAAAAAAAAAAAUAAAAGAACAAAACGUAGCCCUAAUUUUUCCCCUAUGCUCAGCAGUCAGCGUCUCCUCCUUCUCCAGGUGUCCUCCCUCACUCUCUCAGCAAAGCAAAAUCCUCUCAUCUGCUCCGUCCAGCCACCGCCUCGUCACUGCCGCAGUCGCAUCUGCUCGAAGCCGACGUCCCCACUACAACUUGUCUUGCGUGGUUCCUCCGUCGCGCCGCCGGUGUUCCACCGCGCUCCACCCCUUCUCUUCUCCAGUUCUGCGGCGCUCCACCCUCCUCUGCUCCAAAAUCCCUCUCCCUCAUAUUCUGCUUGUUCUCCGCAUUGUAAACAUAAGACUGCCGCCAGCUUCUGCACGUCACAUUCUUGCUCCUUCUCCUUCAUACACUGCUUGUUCGAAGACCACCCAAGAUAUAUUUGCAAAAUCUGAUGGCCAAAGUUUGUGAUACUUUCAAUGGGGCUUUAUUUAAGGAUUUAGGAUUAUUCGUUGCAGGUUUGUUUCACAAUUCUCAAUAGUUUUGUUCUUGGGAAAUGCUUUUGAAGUUUCACCCUUUGUGUUUGAACGAUGUAAAUGCACUUGCCCCAACUUCAACGUCAACUUCCACCUCAAUUCUGCCUGAAAACAACAACUUUGUCCGCAUUCUCCAUAGCCCCAAUUCCACAAAACAUGUCAUAGAACACCAACACACUCCACCUAAGAGCCUGAAUUUGGAACAGGAUUUGGGGAUUCUAAAGAAAAGGGUUGAUAGGUCUGUUGUUUUGCAGCAUAACAAGGUGCACAUUAGGUGUUUGACGAAAUGGGUAUGUUAUGGUGGACGCAUUCCUUCUAUUCUUCAGGCUCUGAGUACUGUUCAGGACUUGGAUGAGGCUCUCAUGCCAUGGCAAGAGGCCUUGACCUGCAAGGAAAUUAGUAUUAUUUUGAAGGAACAGGUUUCUUGGGAGAGGGCUCUUCAGAUUUUUGAGUGGCUUGAGAAAAAGUGUUGUUAUGAGUUGAAUGUGAUUCAUUAUAACAUUAUCUUCAGGGUCCUAGGCGAGGCGCAAAAGUGGUGCCUUGUGGAGAGUUUGUGGGAUGAGAUGAAUGCAAGAGGGGUUGAACCUGUGAAUUCCACAUAUGGAACUUUGAUUGAUGUUUAUGGUAAAGGUGGACAGAGAAAAGACAAAGCACUUGUUUGGCUUAAGAAGAUGCGAAGUCAAGGAAUGGAACCUGAUGAGAUCACAAUGGGGAUUGUUGUUCAGUUGCAUAAGAGGAAUGGAGAGUACCAGAAAGCUCACGAAUUUUUUAGUAAAUGGUACUCAACAGGUGAACCUCUGAGACUAAGGAGGAGUAAUAAUACUUCAAAAGUAAGCCACAAUGUGUUAUCAUAUACCAAUGUUUGUUUAAGCUCAAGGACAUAUAAUACUUUGAUUGACAUGUAUGGUAAAGCUGGCCAACUUUGGGCAGCGUUUGAAAUCUUUGCUAAGAUGAUCAAACAAGGUGUAUCUCUGACCACAGUGACACUUAAUACAAUGAUUCAUUUAUAUGGAAAUCAUGGAUGCCUUGAGAAAGUUAGUUUGCUGUUGCAGAGGAUGGUGGAGCUUCGGUGCCUACCUGAUGCAAGGACAUAUAACAUACUUAUUUCUGUUUAUAUUAAGCAUAAUAAUAUCAAUUUGGCAGUGAGGUAUUUUGCAAUGAUGAAAGAGACCUGUCUUGAACCGGACCUUGUUAGUUAUCGUACCCUCUUGCAUGCAUACUCUACAAGGAAAAUGGUACAUGAAGCCGAAGAGCACAUGCAGGAGAUGGAUGAGAAGGGUCUUGAGAUUGAUGAAUUCGCCCAAUCUGCUGUGACUAGGAUGUAUGUAGAGUUGCGUAUGCUUAAGAAAUCAUGGUUGUGGUUCAGGAGGUUUCAUCUAGCUGGGAGUAUUACGUCAGACUGUUAUUCCGCCAUUAUUGAUGCAUAUGGCCAGCAAGGGUAUACUUUAGAAGCAGAGAGAGUCUUUAACUGUUGCAAAGAAAGGAAGAAGCUUGGCGUCCUUGUGUUUAAUGUGAUGAUUAAAGCUUACGGGGUUGGAAAAUGCUAUGAUAAAGCAUGUCAGUUGUUUGACAGUAUGGAAACAUAUGGUUUUGUUGCAGACAACUGUAGCUACAGUUCUCUCAUACAUAUCUUGGCCACUGCUGACAGGCCACACAUUGCAAAAGCUUAUUUGAAAAGAAUGCAAGAGGCAGGACUAGUGACUGAUUGCAUUCCAUAUGCCGCGGUGAUAACAAGCUUUGGAAAGUUAGGCCAAUUGGAACAGGCAAAAGGAUUAUACAAGGAGAUGAUUGGAUAUAAUGUCCAGCCUGAUGUAAUUAUCUAUGGGGUGUUAAUCAAUGCGUUUGCUGAUGCUGGAAGUGUUAAAGAAGCUGUUAGUUAUCUUGAUGAAAUGCAACGGGCAGGUUUUCCAAGAAAUCCAACUAUAGACAACUCUUUGAUGAAGUUGUAUACCAAAGUAGGGUACUUGAAAGAAGCACAAGAAACAUACAAGUUGCUUCAGUCAUCAGAGCAGGGUCCUUCUAUAUUUUCCUCUAAUUGUAUGCUUGAUCUUUAUACUGAACGACUAAUGGUUGAACAAGCGAUCGAGAUAUUUGAGAGCUUAAAGCAGAAAGGUGUUGCAAAUGAGUUCUCAUAUGCAAUGAUGUUACGCAUGUAUAAGAAAAUUGGGAGAUUGGACGAAGCCAUUCAGAUUGCGAAACAAAUGAGAAACCUAGGACUCGUCACUGAUUUAUUAAGUUAUAAUAACAUAAUUGGCUUGUAUUCUCUUGCUAGGAGGCCACAGGAAGCUACCAAGACUUUCAAGGAAAUGGCAAAAUCCGGAAUUCAACCAGAUGAUUUUACAUUCAGCGCUCUUGGACAAUGUUUGCUGAAUUAUGGAGUUUCAAAGCAAGAUAUUGGAAGGCUAGAAGUAAUGGUUAAGAAGGAUGCACCAAAUGCUUUGCAAGAAUGGAUGUUGAUGCUCUCAUCUGUGCUGGGAAUAGAUGGUUAUACAUAUUAAUUGACAUGAUCAAUCAUUGAUGCACCCUACAUCUUCAGUUCCUACAAGGCUCAGUUUAUUGCUAGAGCAUUCCAAUCAAAUUAUCUGGAAUUACACUGUUGAUGGCUUGAGGCUAUUGAAAGUCAUAGUUGUUCAAGGAAAAAAAUUAUUGAUCUGGGAGUUCAUGAGCAAUGAUUUUUUUUUUGUGGUCAAGCUGGGGAAUCAGCAAAAACCGGGGUCAUCAAUAACCGCUUGAACACUCUUUGGAAUGAAGAGCUGAAUUUCACUCUGCUAGAAACCUUUGGGGUACCUGAAUGUGGUCAGUUUUUCCUGGAAGAUCAAGAAUGAUCUUGUGAAGGUGAAUUACGGGAUGGACUCGAGUCUGGGGAGCUUGAAUUGAAGAUCAAGUUGAUCACCCCUGUUGCUUCUCAAUAUAAUGCUGAGAUUGCAUGAGUCGUUACGAUACAAAAAAAACUAUUUUGUCAUGUUUUAGUCAUGUUUCAUGAAUUUUUCUGUUGUUUUUUGCGUUUGUGGUGCUCACCUUUUACUCUUUUAAUGGGGCGAAUCGAGAAUGCAAAUUGAAGGCUUGUGCUGUCCUUCAAUUUUUUCUUGGUUCUUCCUAUACCUUCACUCAAGUAUUUGAUUCAAAAUCUGGCCGAAGAAUGGUUUCUUUUGUAGCAUCAUUUGUUCUUCUUUUUCUUAGAUAUCACUUCUUCAAGUUCACAAUAUCACUUUGAAAAUUGUAUUCAGAUAAAUUACUCCAUUAAUGUACAAAUGUUUUUCAGAGCGACAUCUAUCAUGAACUGGAGGUAGUUUUAAUUCUUUGUUAAUUUGAGAUGAGGCUACCACUGGUUCUAUUAGUGUCACUAAUGUUGCCACUUGUAAUAUAAUGCCUUUUUAGCAUUGGUUGGUAUAUAGAUUUUGAUUUUUGAUACUGGAUUUGAUCCCAAUGAAUAAUGUGCAUAUCCACUUUGUGAAGAUUUUUCCGUUUCCUCUGAUUUAGACCAUAGUUAUGAAAAUCGGACUGGACCGGUUGGCUUGGACCAAUACCUGUGAACCGGAAUCGAACAUGGACCAUCCGCAAACUGGAAAGCUCGGCUACCUGUUGAACUAUGUUGUUCUGUCAUGAUGUAUGUCUAAUUGUCUGUACAUUGUGUUUUCAUAUGUUCAUUUUAUUAAAUGUAGCUCUAACAAUUUGACCAGUGAAUCAUGCAAAUUUCAUGCAAAUUUUUUUCUGUUGUUUUUUAACACUGAAUGUGGAUAAAGUUGAGUUCUUUAGUUCAAUUAGCAAAAUCUGUUCUAAUUUUUGUUAUAAGUUCUGAAGUCUUUUGAGGAUUCAUGUGAUAAACUGAUGAGUCCAAAGAAAGGAAGUUUUAUUCCUUGUAAGCCUUCUCAGUUUUUGAUGCAUGCAUCACUCACAAUUUUUCAAUAAAUUUUGUCCUCAAUGUUUUUAAUUUUUGUUAAAGUUAACC